AUGGCAUUACAACGCAAAUCUCACGUCAUGAACGAUGCCAUUUACCCCGUUGAAAACCGCAAACAUGCUCUUCGCCGCCCACUGUGGGUAUUUAGUUUUGUGACAUUUCUAGUGGCUAAUUUGACAGGUUCAAUCUUUACCAUUGGAUACUUACCCAUUGUGAUAUUGGCUCCUAUCGGCGCUAUGGGUUUAGUAUUUAAUGCUAUUGCAGCAAAGAUAGUAUUAGGAGAUCCAUUGAGGCGAAAUACACUAUGGGGAACUUGUUUAAUUGUCAUGGGAGCUCUGUUGGUGGGUAUUUUUGGUGUGAUACCCGAACCGGAUCAUGACAUAGAUGAUUUGAUACGAUUGUACAAAAAACCGGCCUUUAUUGCUUACUUUAGUGUGAUAGAGUGUGUGAUUGCCAUAGGACUUUUUGUCACUCAUUAUUCUGAAAGGUAUUACAAUCGUAUGGAGUCAGUUCUCCAAUCAGAAAGUUUAACAGCAGCGAAAUCCAAGAAGAUGGAGAAUUUGAAGAGAUAUUGUGGUAUCAGUUAUGGAGUUCUCUCAGGAAAUAUCAGUAGUCAGAGCAUGCUUUUUGCAAAAAGUGGAUUGGAAUUACUUAUACUGACUAUUGUGUAUGAGAAAAACCAAACUCAAUACGCCCUGACAUGGAUCAUAUUAGGAAUGAUGGUAUUAACAGCCAUUUUGCAGCUGUACUACUUGAAUAAAGGCUUACAAUUAUGUGACACCGUUAUUUUGGUUCCGCUGUCAAGCUGCACUUUUAACGUCUCUUGUUUGUUCAACGGGUUAGUAUACUAUGAUCAGUGGAAUAGAAUAAAAUGGUGGCAUCUACUUCUAGUCAUGUUUGGAGUAACUAUUACAGUUUGCGGUGUGCUAUUGAUAUCUUGGAGACCCACAGCUGAAUUCAUAGAGGAAGAAGUAGGGGCUAUUCAGCAAAUAGAAAACUCAGCUGAUGAUAGAGCAGCAGUUACCCCUCCAGAUGAAAAUACGCGUUUAUUAAACACGUCGACCAUAGCACAUGUAAAUAGGGUCGGACAUUAUCAAUCGACCAACUAA